UACAAUUUGUUUAAUCAUAGGAACGGUUCAAGGUAAUGGCGAAUGUGGCAGUGAAUCGGGCUAACAUGCUGACGAGAAUAUGGAAGUAUGGUGAUCCCGAAGUAACAGCCUCCGAGUAUUUACUGCACGCCGGAGUUAUAUCUAUGGUGGAGUUCGACAACGACAUAUUUGCCGCCGGAAACUGCUAUGACCAACAUCAGUACAAGAAAUAUUGGCUGUUUUGUCCAUACGCGUAUAGACUUCCAGACGGCGACGGCAUAUUGGCCAAAGAUUUGGCCGUCGAGUAUAACUAUUUAUCCAACACCAGCGAAUGGUUUUACAUAGCUCGACAUAAAGCACAAGGCGUGAUCAAUAGGAAUAACCAGUACAGUCAUGCAUUCAACUCUUAUACUUGGAAUGAUACAGCUCACACAGACUGGAUACCUGAUGACGUCUUAACAGUGACGUACGAAGAUGGUAAAUGGAGUAAACCCUACUACGAUUGUGGUGGUGGAAAUAUUUGGAUGCUCACGUACACUGUGCCAUUUUUUGGUUACAAAGAAGGGAAAUACUUUUUCAAGUAAGUUAAAAAAAAAACAUAUUAA